UCUCCGCCCCACUGCGGCUGCGUCAGGAGGAACAGUCCAUCAGUCAGGUUGAGGUUGCAGGAGGUUAUAUAACAAUUGUCUACUCAUUUUUUAAACUGUAAAUACUGUUUUCAGUCAGAUAUAGAACCAUGAAUCCUGAUAUUAUUAAAGAGCGGCAAAACGCCACUUUCGACGUCGAGAAACUAACCUACAUUUUGGACGGGGGCCUUGAGAAGACCAAAAGAAGACGAGAAAUUGAGUCCAUGGUUUUCAGUGACCCAGACUUUAAGGAGGAGGACCCAAACUUCCUGUCCCGCAGUGAGCGCUAUGACCAGGCUGUAAGAAAAAGUGCCCAAAUGAUCCUGAAGCUCAGAGAAUAUGGCAUUGCAGACCCAGAGGAGAUCUACUGCUAUAAGACCUGUGUGAACCCAGACAGGCCAGGGCCCUUGGAUCUCCAUCUGGCGAUGUUCAUGCCCACACUGCUCAACCAGGCCACCCAAGAGCAAAUGGACCGCUUCUUCAUGCCCACCUGGAACCUAGAGAUCAUCGGCACCUAUGCUCAGACUGAGAUGGGCCACGGCACACACCUCAGGGGGCUGGAGACCACAGCUACAUAUGACCCGGCCACACAGGAGUUUGUCUUGAACAGUCCCACAAUCAGCUCCAUCAAAUGGUGGCCUGGAGGACUUGGAAAGACCUCAAACCAUGCCAUAGUUCUAGCCCAGCUUUAUACUCAGGGAAAUUGUCACGGUCUGCAUGCUUUCAUCGUACCUAUCCGCGACAUGAACACACACGUACCCUUGCCAGGUAUUGUGGUUGGAGAUAUUGGCCCCAAGUUUGGCUUUAAUGAAGUUGACAACGGCUUCCUAAAACUAGAGAACGUACGAAUCCCACGGGAGAACAUGCUGAUGAAAUAUGCCAAGGUGGAGCCAGAUGGAACCUAUGUGAAGCCACCAAGUGCCAAGCUGACCUACGGCACCAUGGUGUUCAUCCGCUCAUUGAUUGUAGGCGAGUCAGCUCGGGCUCUCUCCAAGUCCUGCACCAUCGCCAUCCGCUACAGUUCCGUUCGACACCAGUCUGAAAUCCGGCCGGGAGAGCCAGAGCCUCAGAUCCUCGACUACCAGACGCAGCAGUACAAGCUGUUCCCUCUGCUAGCUACGGCCUAUGCCUUCUCUUUUGUCGGCCAGUAUAUGAAGGAGACCUACCACCGCAUCAGUGGAGACAUCAACGACGGGGACUUCAGUGAACUGCCUGAGCUCCAUGCGCUUUCUGCGGGUCUGAAGGCUUUCACCACGUGGACAACCAACUCUGGCAUUGAGGUGUGCCGCAUGUCAUGUGGCGGCCACGGCUACUCUCGCAGCAGUGCCUUGCCGGACAUUUACGUUGAGUUCACCCCUACAUGCACCUACGAGGGAGAGAACACAGUCAUGAUGCUGCAGACCGCAAGAUACCUGGUGAAGAGCUACCGGCAGGCUAAGGCAGGACAGCAGCUGAGCGGCAUUGUAUCAUAUCUGAAUGAAGCAAAGCAACACAGGGUCCAGCCACAGCCUGUCGCUGCCAGACCAACCGUGGUAGACAUAAACGACCUGGCUAGCCUGGUGGAGGUCUACAAACAACGAGCUGCUAUUCUAGUUGAGCUGGCAGCUAAGAGUAUCCAGCAAGAGAUGCAGAACAGGAAGAGCCAGGAGGACGCCUGGAACAACAGUGCUAUUGACCUGGUCAGAGCCUCAGACGCCCAUUGUCACUAUGUCGUAGUGAAGCUCUUUACUGACAAGCUGGGGGAGAUCGGUGACAUAGCGAUACACUCAGUGCUGUCAACCCUGGCUCUGCUGUACGCCCUGCACGGCAUUACAACCAACUCUGGAGACUUUCUACAGGCUGGACUGCUGAAUGUGCCCCAGGUGCACCAGGUUUCUGCUCGUAUCAAGGAGCUGCUGUCUCAGCUGAGGCCCAAUGCUGUGGCACUGGUAGAUGCCUUUGACCACCACGACAAGAAGCUAAAUUCAGUCCUGGGACGAUAUGAUGGGAACGUCUAUGAGCACAUGUUCGAAUGGGCUCGCCGCUCACCCCUAAACGCCACAGAGGUCCAUGAAUCCUUCCACAAGUACCUGAAGCCCCUGCGGUCCAAACUGUGAGCUGACUCCCUUGCACCUUAAGUCCUGGUUGCGACCCUUCAAAUCUCCAUAUAUUGGCACAACCUUAACUACACUAACCCCAAUCAAUAUCAACACCAUGAUGGCCAUUACUUUCCAUCAGCUGGUAUUUACCAGUCUGAAGGAAUUUAGCCUUUCCUACUUUACUCUCUAUGUGUGUUCAUGUUAAACACCAUAAUCAGCCACUCUAAAGGCCAUGGUAUAUUGUCACAUUUUGGGGCUAUCUACAUUGUUCUCUUUGGUGAUGGGGGAUGAUGGGGAAAUCAGUGGCCUGUAAAUGGGGUGAACAACCUGAAACAAUCUCAAGACGAUGCAAUUAUGAGGAGAAUAGAAGCAAUACCAGGAUUUAGAAUUCUAUCUAAAAAUCUCUAAUGAAAUCAUUUUUUAAAAUAGCUUUAAGAAUACUGAAAACAAUCAAUUAUUUGCAGUUUAAGAAGACCUUGUUUUCUGUAGAGAAAUUCCAUUUAGUUUUUUUAGUUUUUAUUAUUUCAGUUUCCCCCAUCUUUUCUUCACUUUCUACUGCGUGCCUGAUGGCUCCUCUGUAUGAGCCAGCCAAGAUAGGAAUGCCAUCUCUCUUUUUUUUCUAACAAGAACAGAAUGUGAUUAUGAACGUUACAUAAUGUUAGAGAUUUUUAUGUUAGGAACAAACCAACAGCAAAAUCAGUUUUGGUUGUUUCCCCUGACGACGAGGACCAAUGGUUAUUUGAAAAGACACUGUGCUGUUUGUUGUUAUUAAAGAGGCAUUCGUUUAUUCAUGACCUUUAUCAAUGCUGUAGGCAUCAAGAAAGAAUUGCACAAGUCUGUGACACCCCUUACCCUUCCAUACCUGUGAAUGAUGUUGUAAUAUGACUGACUUAAACGGCAGUCAAAAUGUAGUUUGAAUUAGAUCAUUAAGAGCAGAUGUCCAACGGAAACAUCAAGUGAAGAUAAUAUAAAAAUAUUCCCCUGUAAAAUACUGCGACAAAUACCAUUUUGAAACGGUCAGUAGAUAAUCACUACGCCUUAGAAGUCAAUGUCCUGCAUUGUAUCAAACUGUUCCUCACAGCCUUAAGUUGAUACUUCACCCAAAGUGCAUGUAUUUAGAAUAAAAAACUUUCUGUGCUGCGGUCAGCUUGAAUUCAUGUCAGUCCAAGUUUUUACAAGACUGAAAAAUCCUUAAAAUCCCUAAAAUGCAUAUAAUGGUGAAGUAUGUCAAAUGUGUAAAAAGCACCUGUGACGACAGGAAGUAGGAAUUUCUGACAAAUAUUUAGUGUUUAAUGAGACCACAUAUACACUGUAUAUGUGAAUUAGUAUUCUCCCUCCCUGCUGUGUGAGGUUGAUAUAUUAUAAAGAAGGGUAAAAACCCCAG